CAAACACUCCCGCGAUCAAAAUGGUCGAUGCCAACGCCACAAAAAGUGAGCUCGAACAGGCUCAGGCUCAGGCUCAGCCUCAAGAGAUGGGACAGCCAGACGAUAGAAUCAGCAGGAUUGACAGUGUCCAAGUUGGUAAUAUCGACAAACCACAAGGAGACGGAAUAUACGCCGAAGCUCUUGCACAAUAUCCAACCGACGAUUCAAUCGACCCAAUCCUGGAGAAGAAAGUCAGAAGGAAACUAGACCGACUUAUAAUACCUGUUCUGGGAGUUUGCUACUUUUUCUACUAUGUUGACAAAACAACACUUUCCUAUGCUGCCAUCUUUGGUCUCAAGGAUGAUCUCAAACUUAGAGGUGACGAGUACUCUUGGCUCUCAAGCAGCUUCUACUUUGGUUGGCUGAUCUGGGCUAUUCCCUCGAACCUCCUGAUGCAACGCAGCCCUCCCGGUUACUACUUGGCCUUCAACAUUUUCAUGUGGGGUGCUCUCCUUAUGAUGCAGGCCGCUGCAAAGAACUUUGCUGGUCUUCUCGCUCUUAGAAUCCUUUCCGGUGCAUUUGAAGCCAUCGCAGACCCGGCUUUCAUGCUCAUUACUUCCAUGUACUUCACCCGUGAAGAGCAACCAAGUCGUAUAUCAGCUUGGUAUGCUUUCAACGGUAUAGGUGUUGCUGGCGGAGCUAACAUCUCCUUGACAGGCUAUGCCAUUGGUAAUAUCAAAGGAGCGCUUCAGUCGUGGCGUUAUGAGUUCCUUGUAGUCGGUGCUUUUUGUUCUGCUUGGGCCAUCGCCCUCGUUCUACUACUGCCCAAUUCUCCUCGCACCAUUCGAGGUUUCUCUCACGAUGAGAAGCUCAUCAUGAUCGCUCGAAUGCGACGCAACCAAACUGGCAUCGAACAGCGAAGAAUCAACUGGGGUCAAAUCAAAGAAGCCUACCUCGACUACAAGACAUGGCUAUUCACCUUGCUUGGCUUCGUUUCUAAUGUCCCCAACGGCGGAAUUUCAAACUUUUCAACGCUGGUCAUCCAGGGACUUGGGUUCGACACGCUCCACACGGCCCUGCUGGGCAUUCCCCAGGGCGCCCUCGUGGUCAUAUGGAUCGGACUUGGUGCUCUGGCAAACAAGUAUAUGCCUCCCAAUAGUCGAACCCUGGUCAGCGCCAUUUUCAUGAUUCCAACCAUAGCCGGAGCGCUCGGCUUUCUUCUGGCGCCAGAAGAUGCUUACGUUGGCCGUUUGAUCUGCUUCUACCUCACUGGCUCGUAUCAGGCAUCAUUUGUCAUAUGUCUUUCUCUCAUCACUUCAAACACUGGAGGACAGUCUAAAAAGAUGAUUGUUUCUGGUAUGAUCUGGUUUGGUGCCUGUGUUGGCAACAUUGCCAGCCCCUUUUUCUAUCGCCCCGAACAGGCACCCUCCUACCACCUUGGUAUCGGAUCACUUCUUGUCGCCAACUGCAUCGAGUUCGCCCUCUUUUUCGUCUUUAGAUAUGCCUUCAAGUGGGAGAACAAACGGAAAGAGCAGCAUCGUGAAGCUUUACGAGCAGCAGGUCAUGAUUUUACUGCCAACACUACUGCGUUCAUGGAUAUGACGGACAAGGAAAACCCGAACUUUGAAUACGUGUACUAGGAAAUGUGCUGCCAUGUCAAGCUACCGGGUAUCUUUAAACGAAUAUAACUACAAUUUACCUGCAGUAGCUUCAUGGUUGGAUUUACUAUCUCUCUCUAUACUUUAUAUAGGUUAUGUGUGCCAACCUGGAGCACUUUUGCUCGAGCACAAUUAUGUCGUUACUACGACAGAUGCCUCAGGGGAGGCAGAAGAAACCUGGGACGUCUAUGGUAAGUAAUUGAAAGAUUUAGGUGAGUUUAGUAUAUCUUAGCAGACCUUUAGACCAGUUAAUUUUAGCACCUUGAUUUAAUGUCAG